AUAUGUAAUUCGUUUUCGAUGUCAAAUGUUAUGGAAGCUACAAGUUCCCCUGAUGAAGCAGGUUUGGAUUCCACUCUCAAAUAUGAAAAAAGUCGAUAUAAUAAUGCAAAUGUAUUUCUCCCAAAUACUCCAAUUAUAAUCAAAAUUGUUCAUUCUUGCGAAUCCCAGAUAAUAAUAGAUGCUGGAAAUCAGUUACAAUCAAGAACUGGGUCAUUAGCUGGGAAACAACUCCCCCAUGGCAGUCUUGUACUCACUAACCAGAGUUGGUACGAGCUAAGAUUGAAACAUGGAGAUUUCCAGUGGAGUGUUCACCGCACUUUGGCGGAAUUAAAGUCUUUCCAUACUUCGUUUAUGCUACAGAGAGCCUUGCUAUCAAUAAGUAAUAAAAGAAAGGACAGCCGUCGAAAACUUAAUCCGUUUCCUCCAACUUUUGAAUUCGCUAAUGAUAAAAAACUAUGUAAUCGAAGGGUCAUGUUGGAAAAGUACAUUCAGAGCAUUAUCGAUGUACGAGAAUACCGAGAAACAGAUCUAGUCCUCAGACUUCUUGAAGUAUCACCUUUAUCUUUCGUGAAUUGUUCCGGUGGUUUGAAAUUAAAAGAAGAUUUUGUUAAUAAGCUGCCAUCGUACAAUUACUUUAAUAAGUGCUGUUGUGUGUCAGGAAUCUGUCUACAGAAGCGGUGGCUUAUUUUAAAAGAUAGCUACUUCGUAUACAUGAAACAGCAUGGAGAUAAAUUGAAAGCCAAAGAUAUCGACAAAUCAGCAAAAGGAAAACUAAGACUGGCGUUUUCAAUUGAACUCAGUGGGAAAAACCGAUCAUGGCGUUUGUGUAAUAUAUUCUUAAUGGACCAAAACUUUGCGUUUAAAACGAGAAUAGUAGAGCGAUCAGGACAGUGUCAGCUGAAACUAUAUAAUUCCCUUGGCGAGUUAGUUGUCAUUUGUCAAUCAGAUGAUCGAAUGAAUGAUUGGAACAAAGUACUUUCAUCACACAUUUACAAAGACGGUACUAGAGAUUUCAUACAAUACAAUCGUUUUGGAUCAUAUGCACCUCCGAGGUCUGAUACACAAAUAUGCAUGUUUAUAGAUGGGGCUUGUUAUAUGGAAGCCGUGGCUAAAGCAAUUUCUCAAGCGCAACACGAAGUUUUUAUUACUGACUGGUGUAUGCAUCCCACUGUAUUUCUUAGACGUCCAGUACGAGAUAACACAUGGCGCUUAGAUAUGCUGCUUCACGCAAAGGCAAAACAAGGAGUUAAAAUCUAUAUAAUGCUUUAUAAAGAAAGUGAACUCGCCGUUAAAUUUCGAAGCAUAAAAGUAAAGCGCUGGCUUCGAUCUCUGCAUUCUAACAUAUAUAUAUACCGUUCUCCACGAUCUACACGCUUAUGGAGUCAUCAUGAGAAAAUGGUCGCUGUUGAUCAGUCAAUAGUUUUUCUUGGUGGAAUCGAUCUGUGCUUUGGUAGAUGGGACACCAAUAACCACAGGUUACAGGAUGUUCACAAAAUCGCUAAAGUUCAGGAGGUCAAUGCAGAAUUAAGAAGAAUAAAAAGUCUACGUAAACGAUCAAGGGGAACUUUACACCCUCAAGGCAAACAAAGUUCUGAUUUUGUUAACUUGGAAAUGCAAACAGUUGGCUCAGAAAGUGAUCUGACAAACUCAAGUUGUGAUCAAACGCCCAAGCCACGUCAUCGUAGACUGACUAAUGCGAUUCAACGUGCAGGAGAUGCAAUGCUUUCUAUUAUGUAUCAAAUGGCAUUGGAUAAAAAAGAAAGUUUAAGAGUUUUGAAUGCUCAAAUGAGUCCUGCUUACUGUGAGUCAGAAUGGGGAAACUAUGAUAAUGAUACGCAUUUAGUUUACGAUAAUCCAUCUUAUGAAGACGAUGCUACAACAAAUGUUGUGAUACGCAAAGAAUUGGCCUCGCUAGAAGAGCUUUCACAAGCCGGUCAAAGAUGCACUUGGAUUGGACAAGAUUAUGUCAACUGGAGUUUAGUUGAACCAACUGCCAAAGAGCAUCCAGCAUUGGAUUUAGUAGAUAGAACGUGCGUUCCACGUAUGCCAUGGCAUGAUGUUGGCUGUGUGUUUGUUGGUACUGCUGCCUGUGAUAUAUCUAGACACUUUAUUCAACGUUGGAAUCAAAUACGAUUCAGGAAAAUAAGGUCUGCACCAAAGGGAAGUGGAAAACGGAUUUUUCAACGUCUCGUACCUGGCUUGUUACCAUCACACCCAUGUUCUCCAUGGACUGAAACAAAAUUGUCAACGAUCCUUGUAGACCCAAGGCAAUCUGCAGUGUGUACUGUACAAGCUCUGCGAAGUGUUGCUAACUGGUCGUUAGGAGUUCAAUCGGGAGAUAAAAAAGGUUUCCGUAAAGCUUUCCGCAGAUUAUUUCAUCAAAACUUGCCUAGUCGGUACAAAAAUAACAUUGAUCUCGAUGAAACCAAAGAACAAAUUGGAUUAGAAAAGUCGGUUCUAAAUGCUUACAUUGAUAUGAUAAACCAGGCAGAAAACUUUAUAUAUAUUGAAAACCAGUAUUUUAUCAGCUACAUCCUAGGAUCACAAGAAGAUCAACACAGUAAUGAUGAUCUUGAAAGCGAAAAAAAUUCUACAAUUGAAAAAAGUCCUCAUGGACAAGCAUCUGAUCACCUUCAACCUAGUAACUCUAAUGCUUUGGUCAAAAAUCGCAUAUGUGAAGCCAUUUAUCUUCGUAUUUUACGAGCUUAUAACGAAGGAAAACUCUUCCGUGUUUUCAUAAUGCUCCCUUCACUUACCGCGUUCAAAGGUGAAGUUGGGACUUCAUCUGGAACGUAUAUACAUGCAAUUUUACACUAUACACGACAAAGCUUGUUUACAGGUGAACAUGCUUUAAUUCCCCGGUUGAAACAUAUUUUACCGAAUCCUGAAGACUAUGUUUCUAUAUGUAGCUUAAGAAAUUAUGACGAAUGGCCUGAUGGUUCUAUAGUAAGUCAACUUAGUGUAGUAUUAAACGUAUUAACAAACCAAUGUAAUUUGAAUUAACGUCAGUGUAAAAUUAGUGACUGUUGUUUCAAGCGUCAAUGAGAUAAGCUAUUUGUAAACAUUCCUAUUUACGUGCGUUAUAACUGAAAAGAAAGGCAUGACAAUGGGCUUUACUUUCGAAAUGUUAGAAACAAAUUGCUAGGAAUUGAUGUCGCUAUUCUGGGAUAUUCCAUAUGUAGUUAGUUUUGAAAAACUGUUUUUUUUAAUAUUAAAACUCAGUUAUUCAAGGCUGAAGUUGGCAUGACUCAAGAUUGAUUUCUAACCAAAGAGUUCAUUCACUCUUUAUUCUUCUAUGUGGAUUCCACACUCUUUCACUGAAGUCAUACAUGUAUUUUAACCGUAAAUAUUUUUGGCUUUAUUUCAAGUAAAUAUACUUGAAAAUUUGUGAUAUUAUACACUUCUUACACUGUCAUUUUGCUGUUUUGUUUAAUUAUUGUAAUGUGGACUGUUUUAACAUCAUAAUUAAUGAUGAGCAAUUAAAUAUUUGUACUUUUUACAGAAUAAAUCAUUCCGCACUAAUUAAUGACUGUAAAAUUACCUUAGUCUAUUUUCAGUUUAUUUUAUUUCCAAGUUCUUUGAAACUGCUUUCGUAACUAAUUACUUUGAUUAGUCUGUUGAAAUUCUUGUCUGUUUUAGGUGUAUAUAUUAUUUUUGUUAAAUGUGUCGAAUGUUUACUAAUGUUCAUCGUCGCGAUAUCUACUGAUUUUAUUGCUUUUCCUGAUGCUUACUUAUUUCAGCACUGAUAUUUCAUCUUUGGUAAGAUAAUAUUAGAUAAGAGAAAAAAGACGAUCAAAGAACUAUUUAUUACUAACCAAACUGAAUCCUCACUACUAGUAUGCGUUAAAGCGUUAAAAUACGAAAAUACUUUAAUUUGUCACGUUGUAAGCAUGAUUCAGUGACCCUAUGAUUUUUACUGAGGGUAGAUUGAACGACUAACAUUACUCAAAAAUCAAUAAAUAAAGUAAUUUAAUCUUCUUAUGAUCCCUCAAUAUAGUAGAAGACAAGAAACAACCAUGAAUUAAUAUAAUCUUUUAUGCAUAGAUUGCAGAAUAUUUUAAAUAAUUUUUAGAACAAUGUAUCUAUGAUCUUAUAUGGAAAUCAGUUCGCUAGAUUAUUCCAGGUACUUUUAACAUGAUUUACCACUUUUUAGCAAGUAGUUUAUUUACGUAAUGUUUCAAUGACAUGAUGCACCUAUGAAUCUCCUAGUGAAUAUAACGUUUUAAAACAUUAAACAUAUAAGGAUUCCUCAUUGAAAUGGCUUUCAGAAUUGCGUUAUUCGUUUUCGAGUUUAUCCUUCUCUUUCCAUUUCAGAGAACAGAACUAAUUUACAUUCACAGCAAAGUUAUGAUUGUUGACGACAAGAAGAUGGUUUUGGGAUCAGCUAAUAUAAAUGAUCGAAGCAUGUUGGGCUUUCGUGAUAGUGAAUUGGGUAUUAUAAUCGAAAGUAACUCAGACAAUGACUUAAUUGAGGGAAAGCUUGGAAAUACAUGUGCAAAAGUACAUCCAUUUAUACAAAGAUUUCGCAGAAGUUUGAUGGCUGAAUUCCUUGGAAUGUUGCCAAAGAUUCCAAAAGAAUACAAAACGUAUGUGCAUCAUGACCUGUUAGAUGACCCAGUAUCAAAUGAAUUUUUCCACGACGUUUGGAAUGCAACUGCUGUUAAGAACGGAGAGAUUUUCGAGAAAGUUUUUAAUUGCAUACCUGGCUCAGGCUUGUUAACCUUUCGACAGUGCGCUGAAAGGAGAAAUGAAGUUCCAUUAAUUGUCAGUGAUCGUGAAAAAGCAAUUGAGUUACUUAAAAAUGUAAGAGGCUACUUAGUACCAUUUUAUUCUGAUUUCCUUGCGGACGAAUCACUAGUAUGUCCAGUAGGAAGUAUAGAACGAAUGAUUCCAGAAGUAAUUUGGACAUGACACUCGGAAUAUUUUUUUCAGAUUAUCAGAUAAUCUAAAAUACUUCUAUUAUUUUGUCUUUCUAAAGUGUUCAUUACUUUUAAGAAUAAUUAAUCAUAUUAUAUCAGUUCUUAUUUAAAUUAUUUGUAACUUUUUUAUAGUAAUUCAGAUUUCAUUAACUUAACUUUAUUUUUGCUAAGUAUAACUUUUAUACUUUUCCGAAACAUUUUAACACGUUUAUGUCUUUCUAAACAGUCUGAAAAUGAAUCCAAACGAAACUUUAAAUAGCAGUAAAACAUAAAGCUUUGAAUAAUAUUUUUACAGUUGUGCAAAAAGAUAACUCUCCAAGAACAACUUGAACCGGUGAAUACAUUAAAAUAGGUUGAUUUUGUUUUUAUCAGAGGUACUGACAGUGGUUAUUACUACUACUAUAGAAUACUUAUAACAAAAUGAUUAACUAUUUAGAUAUGUUUCAAGUAUAUUCUUAUUUUCUUUCACAGUAUUAAACAAAAAUAAAUAUUACGUAU